AUGGACGCGACGGCUCCUACCCGGGAAGACCACUCCGAGCCCUUGACACGCCUCCCUUUCCCUCCCGUCACCAAGACCCACAUCCUUAACUGCUCCUACCACUCAUGGCACCCACGCUACCGCACCAUAACCCCCAAAGCGCGGCUCCUCCCUCUCACGCCCCCCUUCCUCUCCUACCUCCGCGCGGAUGGUAUAGUCCUUCCCCCAGACCCCUCCGACCAAGACUGGUCCGACUCCGACAGUGGCAUCUUCUCCUCCACCGAUAACGCCUCCGAUACGUCCGAUGACGAGGACCAAGAUCCCUCGGCGCAGUGGCGCGAGAUACAUCAAUCGAUUAGAGAUAUCAUAGAAGAGCUCGGUGGGAAGGUCAUGCCAAAACUGAACUGGUCGGCGCCGAAAGAUGCGACGUGGAUCAAUGCUACCAAUAGCAUGGAGUGCCGGACGCCGAACGAUGUGUACCUACUCCUCAAGUCGAGUGAUUUCGUCACGCAUGAUUUGGAGCAUGCGUUUGAUGACUGCGAGGACGACAAUACCAAAACGGUGACAAGCUCCACCGACGGCGAAGCGCAGGAUGACGACCGCGACAUUACGACGCGCCCGCAGACCCUAAACGAUAUCCCCUACCACCUCAUCCUCCGCAAAUCCUUCCAGCUAAACCCCUCCCUCGAGUUUCGGUGUUUCGUACGCAAGCGUCGCCUAAUAGCCCUCUGCCAGCGUGACCUCAACCACUUCGACUUCCUUUUCAGCUUGCGCAGUCAUCUCACCACCAAGAUCCAGGAGUUCUUCGACGUGAGGCUCAGAGAUACCUUUCCCGACGAGAACUUCGUCUUCGACGUCUACGUCCCCCCACCUCACGAGAAGGUCUGGCUCAUCGACAUCAACCCCUGGGCACAGCGAACAGAUCCUUUGUUGUUCAGCUGGCUGGAGCUGCUGGAGAUGCCCGCGCCGGGUGAGGACGAAGGCUCGGAUACUGAGACGGAAGAAGAAGAGGCGGAUGAGGAGGUUUUUGUGCCGGAGCUCCGGCUGGUGAGGAAGGACGACCCGGAGGCGUACGGGUUCUCGACUCCGCAGUAUAGCGCGCAUAAGCUGCCACGGGAUGUUGUGGAUGCGAGUCGGGGCGGUGAGAGCGGGUUGAGGGAGUUUGCGGAGCAGUGGAAGGAGGUGCUUGCGAGGCGGCAGAGGGAGGAAGAGGGAGCGGAGAGCGAGGACGACGCUUGA